AUGGUUAAUUUUCAUGAGCUUCAAGAGCUUUUUCUCCUAAGUCACGCUCAUGGCAUUAUGGAUGACGAAGAGCUGCUGAUUUUGUACAAGGAGUAUUGGCCAAAAAAUCCCAACUUUUGCUAUGAGAAUUACGAAAGGUUUUCUCUUGAUGACAUGAACGAUGCAGAGUGCUUGGCCGAGUUCAGGUUCAGAAAACACGAUCUUCCACUUCUCGCCGAGGUCCUUCAAAUACCAGACAGUUUUACUUCUUACCAAAGAACCGUAACAAGUGGAAUGGAAGGACUUUGUGUUCUUCUUAGAAGGUUAUCUUAUCCCUGCAGACUCAGUGAUAGUAUUCCACGAUUCGGCAGACCAGUACCAGUCCUUCGUAUGGUCAGCAAUCAAGUACUUGACUAUAUAUAUGACAUUCACGGCCACAGAAGCACUCAGUGGAAUCACCAAAUUCUCUCUCAGCCCUUGCUGCAACUGUAUAGCGACACUAUUGCUGCCCAGGGUUCUGCCCUAGACAACUGUUUUGGCUUUGUUGAUGAGACUGUUCGUCCAAUUUGCAAACCUGGAGAACAUCAAAGAGUGGUCUAUAACGGGCACAAAAGAGAACAUGCUCUGAAAUUUCAGUGUGUUGCCCUUCCCAAUGGUCUAAUAGGUCAUUUAUAUGGACCAGUAGGUAUGAAAUUGUUACCUUUGAUUUCUUCUGCUUUGAUGAUUAGUUUUUUUUCUUUCUAAUUUUCAGAAGGAAGAAGACACGAUGCAGGCAUGCUGGCAGAUUCAAGACUCCUUAAUGACCUCCAAGCAUUUGCAAACUCCCCUUUUGGAAAUCCAUACUGCAUUUAUGGUGAUCCGGCAUACCCUUUAAGGAUACACGUUCAAGCCCCUUUUAGGAAUAGAGUCUUAACCCCUCAAAUGAUGGAUUUCAAUCGAUUGAUGAGUAGUGUCAGAGAAUCAGUAGAAUGGCUAUUUAAUGAAGUCACAAACUACUUUAAGUUUCUGGACUUUAAAAAAGAUUUGAAAAUUGGUCUCAGUAGUGUGGGCAAAACGUAUGUAGUCAGCGCUCUCCUAAGAAAUGCCCUUACAUGCCUCUAUGGAAAUCAGACCUCCAGUUUUUUUCAACUGGAUCCUCCUUCACUUGAAGACUACUUUUCCUAA